AUGUCAAAUUCGCAUACACGGUGUGGGACGGUGCAUUAUUGAACGUGCUGAACGUGCAAUUUCGAAGAAGACUCGGGAUAAUUGCAGUCAAACGUGCUUCGUUCUGAAAGAAGAAAGGCAGCACAAUGUCUUUACGUUCAUAUUCGCUUCUGAGGGGAAUACACAAAACGUACGGCAGGAAAUUCGGCACGGCUGUCAAGGUGAAGGAUGAGCAGGCGACUCAAGUAUGCGCGUUCCGCACGACAGAGAACAAUCCAGUGAAUCACAAUACGGAUCACAUUGCCAGAUUAUAUACCGUGCCGACAGACGUACACCAACAACUCUUUCAGUACGGCGGCUUACCUCAAACAUUUGCAAAGCAAGUCACCACUUUUCAGGAGUGUGCUUUAUUGAUCAGGCAACCUGCGAUCGAAAUUAUGUCUUACCUCAGUCAAGCUGACCUAACGAGGCCCGUCAAUAAAUAUGUAUUAUACGGGAAAUACGGAACAGGAAAAAGUAUUACAUUGAGUCACAUACUACACUAUGCCCUCAUGGAGAAAUAUAUACUUGUUCAUGUAUAUUGGGCUGCUCGUUGGUUCAAGGACUUUAAAGAGGUCGCGAAUUCGAUAUUAUCUCCAGGUUGCAUGGAUCUGCCGAUCGAUGCCGGGAUGUGGUUGAAACAGUUCAAAUCUCAAAACUCGAAGUUACUUUCACAAUUAGAUCUCAAAGUAUCCAAGGAUUAUGUAUGGAAUCAACGCGAAAUGACUGCGCAAGGUACUCCCAUCUCAGAGCUCAUCGACUUUGGUAUAAGUCGCAUGAAGUACGCCUGUGGCGUAGCGGACGCGUUGAUAAAGGAACUAAAACUCGCCAGCACUGCAGGCAAGUGCAAGACGUUGGUCAUGAUAGACGGAUUCAACGCGUUCACAUCGAGUCACACGAACAUCCACGACGACAAUAAGGUGAUGGUUCUGCCCAAGCAAGUCUCGUUGGCGGUACCAUUCUUCGAUAUAACGAAAGACGAUUGGUGUAACGGUGCAAUAGUACUGUCAGUAGACGAAAAGGCAAAUAAGGACCGACGGGAAUCCUAUCUUCCCAGAUAUUUGCUUGGCAAAGAAGGCUUCGAGCAUCUGGAUCCCUUCUUGCCAGUUUUAGUCGAAGACUAUAACAUCGCGGAAUUUGACAGCAUGAUAGAGUAUUACAAGGAUCGCAAAUGGAUCAGAAACCUAACACCCAAUGGUCAGAGAGAAUUAGAAUUAAUUACUAAUAAAAAUCCGUUGGGCUUAAUGGAGCGAUGUAAAUUCUUGUAAAAGUAAUUGAACAUUGAGAUAUUUAUAAUAAAAUUUUUAAAGCUAUUAGUA